AUGAAGUUCAGCUCCCUGUUUCUCCUCAGCGCUGUUGCUGUUGCUGCUCCCGAUCUCAGCAAGCGGGAGCAGUUCUCCAAGGGACAGCCCAUAGACGACAAAGGCAAAGGUGCUCCCAUUCUUGGUGGGACCAACAAACAAAUCGACUUGCAAAACCCUGACAAUCUCGGUGCGCAGAGUACAGACAACGGCGUAGUCCCAAACCUCAAAUGGAGCUUCUCAGACUCCAAGACCAGAAUUCUUGCCGGGGGUUGGGUCCGUGAACAAGUCAUUACAGACUUACCAGCUAGCCAUGAUAUCGCUGCAGCUCAGCAGCACUUGAAGAAGGGGGCGAUUCGCGAGCUGCAUUGGCACCGUGUGGCCGAAUGGGGAUUUGUAUAUGCCGGAAAGAUCAUCGUUUCUGCUGUGGACGAGAACGGCCAGUAUCAGGUUGAUACACUUGACGUCGGUGACAUCUGGUAUUUCCCCAAGGGAGCCGCGCAUACUGUUCAAGGAUUGGAGGAUGAAAAUGAAUUUCUCCUGGUCUUUGACGACGGGAAUUUUGACGCUGUCGGAACCACCUUUAAUGUCGAUGAUUGGAUCUCCCAUACGCCCAAAUCCGUCUUGGCCAAGAACUUCGGCCUUAAUGAAUCUGUAUUCGACUCUGUCCCAUCACCCAACCCUUACAUCUUCAACUCCACUGUUAGCACGCGCAAUGUGACGGGACCGGAGGGGGCAUUGGUGGGGAACAGUUCAUACGUCUACCACACAUUCCAGCACCCUUCCGAGCCAGUGCCAGGGCAGGGAGGAGAACUGUGGAUUAUUGACUCACGGAAUUUUCCCAUCGCCACAACGAUUGCUGCUACCUUUGUCAAGCUGGAGCCCCGGGGUCUCCGUGAGCUUCAUUGGCAUCCAAAUGCCGAGGAAUGGCUGUAUUUCCAUAGCGGUAAAGCACGUGCCACGGUCUUCAUCGGCAGUGCUGCGGCUCGCACAUUUGACUUUUCGGCUGGGGACACUGGCGUCUUCCCAGAUAAUAGCGGUCAUUAUAUUGAAAACACUUCAGAUACAGAAGACUUGGUGUGGAUUGAAAUUUACAAGAGUGACCGCGUGGCCGACAUUUCACUGACGCAAUGGCUCGCGCUGACACCCGCGGACAUCGUCGCGAGCACUCUGAAGAUUCCGGUUGAUGUGGCUGCUAGCUUGAAGAAGGAGAAGCAGAUUCUGAUCAAAGCUACUUAA